GGAUUUCGGACACGUGCUGUUCAUGUACGUGCCUCACACGUCGUCGUUUUACGGUACCCUGAUGUGGCACCUGAAUAUUAUAGGCUUGUGCGUAUGUAUGUAUAUCUGUGUGUAACGCUCGGAGUCGGUCGUUGAUCGAUUUGACAGAAUUUGAAGAUAAACUCCUACCGAAGCUGUCCUUGCCUCCUAAGAAACCUGUAGAAUUUUGAAUUCGUUUGGAGGUUUGAUUGGAUUUAUGAUUUUGUUUCGAUAAUGGCGUUGUUUCGGAAGCUGUUCUACCGGAAGCCGCCUGAUGGACUUCUCGAGAUCUGUGAGAGAGUUUACGUCUUUGAUAGUUGUUUCACGACUGAGGCCUUUGAAGAACAAGAUUGCAAAGGCUAUGUGGGACGGAUAAUAUCUCAACUGAAGGAGCACUAUCCUGAUGCUGCAAUAUUAGCAUUUAAUUUCCGAGAUGGAGAAAUGCAGAGUGAAAUGGGAAAUGCCUUGACAGAAUAUGACACAACCAUAAUGGAGUACCCCCGGCAAUACGAAGGAUGCCCAUUGCUCCCAAUGGAAGUGCUACACCAUUUCUUAAGAUCAAGUGAAAGCUGGCUAACACUUGGGUCACAGAACGUGCUUUUCAUGCAUUGUGAACGUGGUGGUUGGCCAGUUUUGGCAUUCAUGUUGGCUGCAUUGCUGAUCUAUCGGAAGUACUACAGCGGAGAGCUAAGGACCUUGGACAUGGUUUAUAAACAAGCUCCUCGUGAACUUUUGGAAUUGUUUUCCCCUCUGAAUCCUAUUCCUUCUCAAUUGAGGUACUUGCAGUAUGUAUCAAGGAGGAAUGUGGCCUCCGAAUGGCCCCCAGUAGACAGAGCACUCACUUUGGAUUGUGUCAUUAUUAGAACAAUACCUAAUUUUGAUGGAGAGGGUGGUUGCCAGCCAAUAUUCCGUAUAUAUGGACAAGAUCCUCUACAUGUUUCUGAUCGCUCACCGAAGGUUCUAUUUUCAACUCCAAAGAAAAGUAAAGCAGUUCGAAACUACAAGCAGGCAGAAUGCCAGUUACUAAAGAUUGACAUUAGUUGCCACACUCAAGGUGAUGUUGUGAUGGAAUGUAUUGACUUACGUGAUGACACAGAGCGGGAACAAAUGAUAUUUCGUGUUAUGUUUAACACGGCUUUUAUUAGGUCAAAUAUCCUAAUACUCAACCGGGAUGAAAUUGACAUAUUAUGGGAUGCAAAAGAUCAAUUUCUAAAGGACUUCAGGGCAGAGGUUCUUUUUUCGGAGAUGGAUACUGCUACUUCUGUAGCUCCUGUGGACUAUUUCCACUUCGAAGAGAAGGAUGGCCUUCCAUUAGAGGCAUUUGGUAAAGUUCAGGAAAUGUUUAGCGGUGUGGAUUGGCUAGUUCCUAAGGGAAAUACUGUUGUUGAAGUUAGUGAACAGCCUCAUGCUGAGAUGUCUCAGAAGAACCAGAGCCCUUCAGCUACAGAUGAUGUGGGUAGGAAGCAGGCUUAUGCUGAACCUUCACCUAGUGGAAUAGGGGCAAUUAUAUCCCCAGAGAACACACCCAGUCCUACUGAUAAUCACAUUCUAUCAUCAUCAACUUUGCCACCACAUCAAAGUUCGGAUAGAACAGUUUCUAACUUCUCAACCAAACUACCGUUAGAUUCUGAUGGUCAUUUGGCUAAAGAUGAUUCCACUCAAAGUGACUCUAACCCAUCACAUCCUAAAACCUACCCUCCAACACCUCCACCUUUGCCAACAAAAGAUACUGUUGAUGGCCCUGGACAGCCUCUUACACCUCCUGCAAAGGAUAAGAUUAGUGCUCAAAGUGGGAUCUCUCAUGCCUCCCUUCUGCCUGAAGAGACUCCUAUUUCUUCAACCUCCUCUUUGAUGGAUGAAAGUUCUAGGAGUCAUGGUAAAAUAAUCAGGGAUAAAUAUCCUAAGUCAGGAGCUCCUCCUUCGAAAGAUAUCAUGGAAAAUUCAGUUUCUACAGGUAGUGUAACUUCAUGCAUUUCUUCUCCAACCCCCUCCUCUCCUUUAAAAGAUAAAUCAAUUUAUGGAGCUGAACCUACUCUUGGCACUUUGCAUUCAGAAGAUAGUGGAGCUAAUAAGUCUGGACCUUAUCCAGCUCCACCUCCACCUCCUCCUGACCAAAGUUCAUCUGUAACAGAAGUGGGGAUUCUUCCCCCAGCGGUGCCAGAACCACCUUCUACUUCUCCUUUAAAGGGGCAAUUUAAUUCUGAAGCAACACCUCCACCUCCAUCAACCCCACCUUUAAGGGAUACCUCUGUUACCAAAGAUGCACCAUCUCCACCUCAACCUCCCCCAGAGUCUCUUAAGAAAAGUUCUAAUCAAGAAAAUCCUUCGCUUCCUCAAGUUUCUACUUAUUAUGGGAUGAGUGCUCCUCCUCCUCUUCCUCCACCUCCUGUGGAUCCACAUUUGAGAGAUACUUCGGCCAUCAGACUUGCUCCACAUCCUCCAACACCCCCACCCCAACCUCUACCUCCUCCAAUACCCACAAAGUCCUCAACUUCAUCACCACCCCCCGCACCUCCUCUGCAACCCAUAAAUUCCCCAAGUUUAGCACCUCCAGCCCCACCUCCUCCAGCAUCCACAAAGUCACCAACCCUAACACCACCACCACCACCACCGCCUCCUCCUGGAACCGGAGAAUCAACCACUGUAGCACCACCACCCACACCCCCUCCUGGCCAAACAGCCCCACCUCCACCCCCACCUCCUGCCCUUGCCAAUGCCUCCAAUACAAGCAGUUCUCCAUCUGUUCCUUCAGCCCCCCCUCCUCCAUUUCCUUCCACUAAACAACCUGGAAGUCUUCCUGGAGUUCCAUCCCCUCCUCCUCCUGCUAUCCCUCCACCAGGGGCAAAAGGGAAAAGCGCAUUAUCUCGUAGUGCUCUUUCGAAGAAUAGCCAAACAAAGAAACUAAAGCCAUUACAUUGGUUAAAAAUAUCAAGGGCAGUUUCAGGAAGCUUGUGGGCAGAGGCACAAAAAUCUGGAGAAGCAGCUAAGGCACCAGAGAUUGACAUGUCAGAACUGGAAUCUUUGUUCUCUGCUGCAGCUCCGAAUGCUGAUCAAGGGAGAAAGCCUGGCUCACGAGCUUCAGGGGGUCAAAAAUCUGAAAAAGUGCAAUUGAUAGAUCACAGGCGUGCAUACAAUUGUGAAAUCAUGCUCUCUAAGGUGAAGGUACCAUUGCAUGAAAUGCUGAGUUCAGUACUUGCCUUGGAUGACUCUGCAUUAGAUGCUGAUCAGGUUGAUAACCUCAUAAAGUUUUGUCCAACAAAAGAAGAGAUGGAAAUGCUUAAGGGUUACAAAGGGGAGAAAGACAAAUUAGGAAAAUGUGAACAGUUCUUUUUGGAGCUGAUGCAAGUACCGAGGAUUGAAUAUAAAUUGAGAGUUUUUUCAUUUAAGAUUCAGUUUCAGUCCCAGGUUUCUGAACUCAGGAAUAGUCUGAAUAUUGUUACUUCUGCCACAGAUCAGAUCAAAGGUUCAGCUAAGUUGAAAAGAGUCAUGCAAACAAUUCUUUCCCUGGGUAAUGCUUUAAACCAGGGAACUGCUAGAGGUUCUGCUGUUGGGUUUCGGUUGGAUAGCCUCCUCAAACUUACUGAAACACGUGCCCGAAACAACAAGAUGACAUUAAUGCAUUAUCUUUGCAAGGUUCUUAAUGAUAAAUUACCUGAGCUUCUUGACUUUUGGCGAGAUCUUUCCAGCUUGGAACCUGCCUCGAAGGUACAACUGAAAUUUUUGGCUGAGGAAAUGCAAGCUAUUAACAAAGGACUGGAAAAAAUCGUCCAAGAAUUAUCCAUGUCUGAAAAUGAUGGACCUGUGUCUGAUAAGUUUCGCACGGCCUUGAAGGAGUUCCUUUGCUUUGCUGAAGGUGAAGUGAGGUCCUUGGCUUCACUCUAUUCAGGAGUUGGCCGAAAUGUAGAUUUGUUGAUUCUUUAUUUUGGGGAAGACCCUGCACGCUGCCCAUUUGAGCAAGUGGUUUCGACUCUCGUGAACUUUGUGAGAAUGUUCAAACAAGCCCAUGAAGAAAACUUGAAGCAGCAAGAAUUGGAUAAGAAGAAGGCUGAGAAAGAAGCUUCGGAGAAGCCGAAGAUGAAUACUCCGGAUAAGGAAAUUUCGGAGAAGCUGAAGAUGAAUACUUCCAAUAGGGAAGCUUCGGACAAGACGAAAAUAGAGACUUCAGAGAAGGAAGCUUCAGAUAUAUCGAAUGUAAAGACUUCUGACAAGGAAGCCUCAGAUAACCCGAAGGUAAAUACUUCAGAAAACAAAGCUUCAGAUAAGCCGAAUAUAAAGACUUCUGACAAGGAAGCCUCAGAUAAGCCGAAGAUGAAUACUUCAGAGAAUGAAGCUUCAGAUAAGCCGAAUACAAAGACUUCUGACAAGGAAACCUCAGAUAAGCCGAAGAUGAAUACAUCAGAUAAUGAAGCUUCAGAUAAGCUGAAUAUAAAGACAUCUGACAAGGAAACCUCAGAUAAGCCGAAGAUGAAUACUUCAGAUAAUGAAGCUUCAGAUAAGCUGAAUAUAAGGACAUCUGACAAGGAAGCCUUAGAUAAGCGGAAGAUGAAUACUUCAGACAAGAAGGAAUCUCCACUUAAGUCGAAGAUAAACACUGCAGACAAGGAAGCGUCAGAUAAGCCAAAGAUGAAGACUUCAGAUACCAGGCAAUUGCCCCAAUCUCCAGGCCGUAGUGUCAAAUGAACGGAAUGCCACACAAGAUGAAUCCUACCAUUGCUGCAGCAUCCUAUGAAAUUGAUACAUACCCUCAGUCAGGAUUCGGGAAUCUACAUGCUUUUUUUCAAGGUGGAUUCUUGCAAGAGGAUGAAAAUGCACUGUAUGUUUCCUACCUUUCUUUGUAUGUAUUUAUAUAUAACAAAAUAAAGGCAUUAGAUAUGAAUAAUUGCUCUUACAACAGCAUUACUAUUGUGUGCCUUCUUUUGUUUUAUAGUAAUCAUGGUCCUGAGAUCCAAAGUUGAGGUUAGAAUCAAAAGUUAUUUUCAAAUUUAAUUGGGUUUUACUUUAAAAAAGAAAUCUAAGAUGUUUCUUUAGUUUAAAUUUGAGUUUGAGAUUUGAGAAUGAUAUGGAAUAGUGUUUGAUGGUUUGGAUUUGAAUUUGGGUUUGGGUUUGGGUUUGGAAAUAAUAUGAAAUAGUGUUCUGAUUGAUAUAAAUGUGUUUAAUGUAGUGGUUUGAAUGAAAAUUUUGAUUUUAUCAAUGCUGUAUCAAACCAAAAAAGAAAAAGAAAAAAAAAAUGUUUAAUUUAAUGGUUUUGUAGAAUACAUAUGACAAAUAUAGGGAAACAAUGUCCGGACCUUGAAGAAACAUGUAGGUGUGUUUGGUUGGGGGUUAGAGAGAUGAUUUGGCUUGUGGUUUUGGAUUUUGAAGUAGUAACGUAGGGCAUGUUUACUUGUGGUGUUUUGGUUUUUUAUUUUGAUUUUGAGAUAUUUUGGGGGAUGAUUUUUAAAGUGAUUAUUUGUAAGAUUUGGUUUAUUUGUAAGAUUUGGUUUUAAUGAUUAUAUGAGGUGUAAUGAUUAUAGUUUGAUUGGACGGAAGAGAUGAGAUGGUAUGUUUGUGUAAGUUUUAUAUAAAACGUAUGCAUAUAGAAUGUAUUUGUAUAUGAUUUAUUAAAAAUGCUUCUCUUGUUCUGUUUA